AUGGAUAUCACAGGAGCAUCAGAUAUCUCAAUAAGCUUGCUUUCCUUAGUUGUCACAGCCUGUGGUCUUGCUCUGUUUGGUGUGUCCCUGUUCGUGUCCUGGAAGCUUUGCUGGAUUCCUUGGCGAGAGCGUGGCCUGCCAUUUGGGAACAAAGAGAAACAAGAGUCCCUGAACUACACAGAUACAGAGACCAAUGACCAUGAUUACAGCGAGGAUUAUCUUGGUCAGCCAACAACCUACCCAGAGUCCUCCAUGAAGAUCAGCCACACAUCUCCUGAUAUUCCAUUAGAUGCUCAGGUGGGGACAAAGGAAAACUGUGCACACAAUGCACGAAUGCAUCGUCAGAUCACUGAACCAACCUCUUCUACUCGGCAUAACUCAAUCCGAAGACAGCUCAACCUCUCCAAUCCCGACUUCAACAUUCAGCAGGUUCAGAAACAGGAGCAACUGACUGGAAUUGGCCGCAUUAAGCCAGAGCUUUAUAAACAGAGAUCUGUGGACACAGAUGAUGGCCGGAGGAGUAAUAGCAAGGCAUGUGGAAAACUGAACUUCAUUCUGAAAUAUGACUGUGAUUUAGAGCAGCUGAUAGUGAAGAUACACAAGGCCAUCAACCUGCCAGCAAAAGACUUCUCUGGAACUUCAGAUCCGUAUGUGAAGAUAUAUCUACUUCCCGAUAGGAAAACAAAACACCAGACUAAAGUGCACAGAAAGACCCUCAAUCCAGUUUUUGAUGAAGUUUUUUUAUUUACUGUUCCAUACAAUGAUCUGAAUGCACGGAAGCUCCAUUUCUCUGUCUAUGACUUUGACAGAUUUUCCAGGCAUGACUUGAUUGGCCAAGUGGUAGUGGAUAAUUUUUUAGAAUUGGCAGAUUUUCCCAGGGAAUGUAAUAUUUGGAAGGAUAUUGAAUAUGUCACCAAUCUAGGAUAUCUCCGGACUGACAGCAGAAGCUGAAUCCAACUGGCUACUCAGUGAAACUGUUAAAGUAAGUACUGAUGUGGCUGUGCUCCAAAGCAGUACUGGGCAGUACUCAUGCAUUUUUGAAAUAACAUUUAGCAAAGUUCU